AUGUCGCACUGCCACGACGAACAUGAAGGCCAUGGCCACGGUCACGGUCAUUCGCACGGCGCCCACGACCAUUCAGACGACAUCACUCCCGCCCUGCAAAACAGCCUCUACAGACAGAUUGACUUUGACGCCAUCAACACGCUGAAUGAGAGCGCAUCAGGCUCCGGAAGCAAAGUCUGCAAANAGACAUGGGACGAGCGGUUGAACCCCGAGCCCGAACUGUGCAGUGAUGCCGAUGAACAAUUACUGAUGCACAUCNCCGUACGCCGUCUACCGUUCCCUCUCAACGAUCAUUGCAUUGACAAACACCAAAGUUUCACGGCCCAAAUUCGCCUUCACUCCAUCAUGAUCCGCACAUCUACCACCGACUCAGCACCUCUGACCCUCAAACUAUUCAUCAACCGCGACGACCUCGACUUCAGCACCGCCUCAGAGGUCCAGCCAACCCAAACCCUGUCGCUGUCGCAAAGCAACGACAUUCAAGAAGUCCCCGUCAAGCGCGCUCUGUUCAACACGGUGCGCUCGCUGGAUCUGUUCGUCGAGGACAACUGGGGAAGAGGCGAGGAAGACGAGACACGCAUCUCUUACCUUGGCUUCAAGGGCGAGUGGAUGGCUCUGAACCGUGAGCCCAUCAACUUCAUCUACGAAGCUGCUGCCAACCCAAGUGAUCACAAGAUGGUCUCUGGCGUCAGGGGUGAGGUGGGCAGUCGUCUGGGAGGAGCAGGCGGAGGAGGUAAUGGCAUGUAA